AUGCCUCAACUUUGGCAAAGUUUCCCAAACGCUUUCCCGGUGAAGCAGGUGCCACGACCGCUAAUGAUACGUCCGGGAAUUCCACGCGUGUCGCAGAAUUUCGUCAACCUGUUCAGUACACCGGCGGUAUCCGUGGUAUGGCACGGAUACAGAUGUGUGUAUUUGGUUAGAUUAUCCACCAGUACCAAUAAGUACUUGUUAUCUGUGGCGCUGGUUUCAAAAGGACCCAGGUGGUCCAUGUGGACCACUUCGAACGGUCUCCUACCGGUCGGUAUAGGAUGUAGGUAA